AUGUCUAAAGCAAUAAAGCUCAAUGGCAAGGCCCCUGCCAAUACUCCGCCGGCCCAAAUGCCUCCAUCCACCCCCAUCGAUGAAUGUCCCCAUCAAAGCGUGACAACAGGAGAUGGGUAUCAGCAUUCCGAAGCCAAAGAACUCGUAGAAGCUCUUCGCGAAACCAGGGCGGAUUGCACCAUCUCCAAACCCAAUCCCUCGGAAGACACUGCAGGUGGGUGUGCCAGCCCUAAGCAAGAUGGCAAAAAGGUUGUUCCGGAACAAGAGACUGUGUUGAAUAAUGCUUCUAAGCUGAAGCCGCAAGAGCAGGAGAUAUCCUUCUCACGCAACCCCGAAUCAGAAUCGCCUGUGCUUAUGGAUAAAUAUGUGUCAGACAUACCACCCACUUGGAUGGAAUGUGAUCCCAUAUUUAUGGAUAACGAGAACGUUGGUUUCGAUCCUGCGAUGAAAGAAUGUUCCGAGAUGAGAACACCUAAAGCUAGCGAAGAAAACAUGGAGCAGUCAGGCACGCCGGUUGUUGAUGCAGCGCAGUAUGCCUGGGGUGAACGCAAGCCGCCACCUACCGACGCAUUGGCUGAUGCGGACAGCUGGGUUGCUAAAACCCGCAAAGAAAGGGGAAAACCGGAGGAUUAUGUCAGGGCACGCGCAAUUGCCAACCCCACUGACUCUUUCGAGUAUUUUGCGGAGAGUUCCCAGGCUCAGAACGCUUGA